AUGGGAUGCAUGGAAAAACUCUAUCAAUGGAUCCGGAGACAACAAGAGGAAGGAUCUAGGGUUGCAACAGUUGAUAUUCUUAAUUACAUUCAGAAUGAGGUGGACUACUGCGGGGAGGAGCCAUCAAUGUCCCCUAGAGCUCCCGUGCAACAUCAGCAUUCUCAAGCUACAAUGCAUGUCAUGAACUCAGGUUUCCUGUUAUCUUCAGGCUCAUCUGGCCUAACAAGCGCUGGGCAUGGAAGUCGCUCUGAGCAUUGUGAUCAUCAAUCCAAGAAUUCAGUCUUCUCAAAUGCUUUAUCAAGCCCUCUCCGCCAGAGUCUUCAACACUAUCACAUUACUCGGGGAGGUUACUCCCCCAGCAGGAACAGUUCUAACGAUUCUGCCAUGGAUAUGCAUGCAGAUAGUCCUGCUAAUGACUCCAGUUACUAA